AUGGCUGAUGAAUCAAGGAUUUGGCCCGGAGGUGUGGCCCUGCCCAGCCCAACUUCCUCCUCCCCAGCCAGGCCCCGGUGCCACAGCCUCCCUAUACCAGCUGUCCUCAGGAGAGGCUGCAGUUUCUGGGGCCAGGGGGAAUGUGGGAACUUCAUUCGCCUCAUCCAGCCCUGGAAUCGGACACAUCUGUAUGUGUGUGGGACAGGUGCCUACAAUCCCGUGUGUACCUAUGUCAAUCGAGGGCGCAAGGCACAGGCGGUGGAGCUGACACACACCCUUCAGGCCAGAGGCCGGGGCAGCAGAGCCACGGAUGCCGCCGCUGUCAGCCCAACUGUGGCCACCCAGCACCAGGAUUAUAUAUUUUACUUGGAGCCGGAGAAACUGGAAUCAGGAAAGGGCAAGUGUCCUUACGAUCCCAAAGUGGACAGCGUCUCUGCCCUGAUCAAUGAAGAAUUAUAUGCUGGCGUGUACAUAGAUUUCAUGGGUACGGACGCGGCCAUCUUCCGGACCCUGGGCAAACAGACGGCCAUGAGGACAGAUCAGUAUAACUCUCGCUGGCUCAAUGAUCCUUCGUUCGUGCAUGCCCAGCUGAUCCCGGACAGCGCCGAACGGAAUGAUGACAAACUCUAUUUCUUCUUCCGAGAGAAAUCCACAGAGGCUCCCCAGAGCCCGGCCGUCUAUGCCCGAAUUGGCCGCAUCUGCCUGAAUGAUGAUGGGGGCCACUGCUGCCUGGUAAAUAAAUGGAGCACCUUCCUGAAGGCACGACUCAUCUGCUCUGUUCCUGGCCCUGAUGGCAUUGAGACCCACUUUGAUGAGCUACAGGACGUGUUUGUACAACAAACCCAGGAUGUGAAAAACCCCGUCAUCUAUGCUGUCUUCACGUCCUCAGGCUCUGUGUUCAGGGGUUCUGCAGUCUGCGUGUACUCCAUGGCCGAUAUCCGCAUGGUGUUCAACGGUCCCUUUGCCCACAAGGAGGGACCCAACUACCAAUGGAUGCCUUUUACGGGCAAGAUGCCCUAUCCUCGCCCUGGCACUUGUCCAGGGGGGACCUUCACACCAUCCAUGAAGUCAACCAAGGAUUACCCAGACGAGGUCAUUAACUUCAUGCGUACCCACCCCCUGAUGUUCAACGCAGUGUACCCCCUGCAGCGCCGGCCUCUGGUGGUCAGGACCAACGCCCGCUACCGCUUUACCACCAUUGCUGUGGAUCAGGUGGAUGCGGCAGACGGGCGCUAUGAGGUGCUUUUCCUGGGCACAGAUCGAGGCACUGUGCAGAAAGUCAUCGUGUUGCCUAAGGACGACAUGGAGACGGAGGAGCUGAUGCUGGAGGAGGUCGAAGUUUUCAAGGUUCCAGCCCCCAUUAAGACAAUGACCAUCUCCUCCAAGCGGCAACAACUGUAUGUGGCCUCUGCUGUGGGCGUAACCCACCUGGGCCUGCAUCGCUGCCACACCUAUGGGGCUGCCUGUGCCGACUGCUGUCUUGCCAGGGACCCCUACUGUGCCUGGGACGGCAAAUUCUGCUCACGCUACUCAGCUUCCUCUAAAAGACGUAGCCGCCGCCAAGACAUCCGCCAUGGCAACCCCAUUCGUCAGUGCAGGGGUUUCAAUUCCAAUGUCAAUAAGAACACAGUGGAGUCGGUGCAGUAUGGGGUUGAGGGCAGUGCUGCCUUCCUGGAGUGUCAACCCCGAUCCCCCCAGGCCACCACCAAGUGGCUUUUCCAAAGAGAUGCCAGUGACCGGAGAAAGGAGCUUCGAUCAGAGGACCGCAUGCUGCGGACCGAGCCUGGCCUGCUCCUUCGGGCCCUUCAGCUGAGCGAUGCCGGCCUCUACACCUGUACAGCCACCGAGAACAACUUCAAGCACGUGGUCACUCGUGUCCAGCUGCAUGUCCUCAGCCGAGAAGCCGUCCAUGCUGUGCUCUUCCCGCCGGGAGCUGCCGUGGCUGCCCUGCAGCCCCCUGGGGCUGACCCUGCAACGGCCGGUCUCAGGCCCCCCGCGCCUCCCUACCAGGAGCUGGCCCAGCUCCUGGCUCAGCCCGAAAUGGGACUUAUCAACCAGUACUGUCAGGGAUACUGGCGCCAUGCGCCCCCAAACCACAAAGAGGCUCCUGGGGGGCUCAAGACCCCUGAGCUACCAGACCAGAAAAAGCCUCGAAACCGUCGGAAUCACCAGCCGGACACAUGAAACCACCAUUGCUGCUGCCCCGCCCCCUGCAACCUUGGGGAGCCAUAAACGAUCUCAUCACAUCUCUAUUUUCCCACCAUCCCCUACCCCCAGGCCAUUACCCCCUCUCCCAUUUUAAUAUAAAAAGAUAUAUAUAUAAAUAUCUAUAUAUAUUAUAUAUAUAUAUAUACAAAGAGAGACACAUACACGUGCACACACACACACACACACACACACACACACACACACACACAUCCCUUUUAUCAGUAUUUAUUGGUAAGUCCUACAUAGUCCCUUGGGAUCAGAAGCCCAGGGCCAUCUCCAUCCUCUUCCCAGCCCCAACUUGUGGCAGAGAUUCAGGAUCUCAGACAAGGACUAGCUGCCCUGGUCUGCACAGAGAGAGCAUGAGCCCCAGCUGGGACUCAAGAAGGCCAGCUCCUCAGCCAACCAGUAUCCCCUGGACUUGUCAGCUGUGAGGAGACCCAAAAGCUUGGGGAAGGAUUGUCUCUAAGCAGUUGCAGGAUGACCACGGCCAGGACCAGAGCCACCUCUGGCCAAUAGCCACCCACUGCACAUCUUGGGGAGGGGGUGGUGGGUCUGGGCCGGGGCUGGGGAAACCAAAAUUCUGAGAAUGGAGCGUCAGUUUUCUCUCCCCCGCUCCCCAACUCAGGUUGGGGCACAGAUCUCGUAGGAGUACACACAGAGUUAAGCAUGUGCAGGGCAGGGCAGAGCAGGCAUGUGUGAGCAGGAAGGGGCCAAACCACUUUGGGGGCUGGUGGAGGACAGGACAAAGACAGAGAGGGAUGGGCUGGGUCAGGGUAUGGGGUUGGUCGCUGAUCAUUGGCCAAUAUGGCAUGGGCAUUUUGGGCUGGGGCUGGAAUGGGGAGUCCAGGGUCUGGGCCUAAGCAGGGACGGUGUACCCGUGGCCUGGGAGGAAACCAGAAGAGCAUCUCUAGGCAGGAGAGGAGGGCAGGGGGACCAGGAGGAGGUCGAGGAGGCCAUAGAGACUGAACUGUGUGUGAACUGAAGGGGCGAGGGCACAGUGAGCAGAGGAGAACAGGUGGGGGGAAUGAAUGUAGAGAGUCUAUGCCAGCCCUCCUCCCUCCCACCUCCGCUGAGCCGCAAGACGCCAGGUCCUGGGCUGCGCUGGGAAGAGCCCUACUUCCACCUGUGAGCCAGUGGGCCCUCCCCUGGGUCUUGCUAAGGGGCUGGUGGGAAGGUGCAGAGGGGGCAUUUUAGGAUAUUUAUUCUCUAUUUAUUGGGGGAGGAGGAAGGAAGGGCAGUCCACACAGACCCUCUCCCAGUUGCCCAAUCUUCCUUUAACCUUCCUGGACUGCUUCCUUCAGGGGGACUUUCAAGAGUCCAGUUAGUGGUUGGGCCUGCAUUUGUCAACCACGACCUUUUCCCAUUUCCCUGCCCUACAAGAAACUGUCUCUCCCGGGAAGCCCAGCCCCAAAGAGGGUGGCAAUGGGGGUAGCCUAAGGCAUACUGGGAUGGAAGAUCAUAACCCCUUCUCCCCUCCCGUGGGGGCCACCCUGGGGCUGUAAAUAGUUGUACAGGGAGACUUCGGGGGAGGGGGGAGAUGGGAGACAAGGGGCCUGAGCCAUGGGGUCAAGGGAAGUUCCUGUGGAUGGGAUUGCGCUAAUAAACACUGGUUCUGAUUAUAGA